GGAGAGGGGGGGAGUAUGAGUGAGGUGGAGGUUUUGUGGCAUUGCAAAGUAAGCAGCAAGACGAUUGGUUGAUGCUAGUCCAGGCGAAGGGCUUCUUGCCCAAUCCUGAUCAUAUUCAGACAAAAGUUACCUAGAUAAGGGGUACUUAUUGGGUAGUCAUAGUACUGUGUCUAUCAACGGUGUAUCAGAAAGCCACUCUAUCCCUGGACUUCCAGCUUUCUCUCUGUUGUCUGUUGCAGCGGAGACAGUCACCAUGCCUACUGAAACACAGAGUGAUGCCCGCUCCUUCCUGAGCGAGGAUAUGAUUGCCGAGUUCCAGGCUGCCUUCAACCUGUUCGACAGUGACGGUGGCGGUGACAUCAGCACCAGGGAGUUGGGUCAGGUGAUGAGGAUGUUGGGCCAGAACCCAACCAGAGAGGAGUUGGCCCUGAUCAUCGAGGAGGUCGAUGAGGAUGGUAGCGGCAGCAUCGACUUCGAGGAGUUCUUGGUCAUGAUGGUGAGGCUCCUGAAGGAGGACCAGGCCGGGAAGUCCGAGGAAGAGUUAUCAGAGGUCUUCCGUAUUUUCGACAAAAAUGGCGACGGUUUUAUUGACCGUGAGGAGUUAAAUGACAUCUUGGCCGCCACUGGAGAGCCAGUCACAGAGGAGGAAUGUACCGAGCUAAUGACAGACGCAGACCUAAACAAAGACAACAGGCUUGAUUUUGAUGAAUUUCUGAAAAUGAUGGAGAAUGUACAGUAACAAGACCAACAUUCCUUUGUGACCCUUUCCAUUUGUCACUUCUCCUGCUUGAAGAAAAGAACAACUGAAUGGAAAAUCAAAUACAAAAUUUAAGCCACA